AUGGGAGGCAGACUCUCUGUCCCGAAAGGGCCUGCAGGCACCACCGAAAUAAGUCGUCCAUCCGCUGCUGCUCGUCGCCGAACGCCAAUCAACUCGCGAACAAUAGUCGCUCCCGCCGCUGCCUUUACAAUGGCAUGUCUACUAUUCGUCUACACCAGGACUUCCAUUCGCGCCGCCAAAGCAAAUGCCCAACGACACCGUGACGCAGACAGUGGUGGUGAAGGUCUCGAUUUACUGGCUGAAAGCAGGAGGAGACACGGUCGUGCUGAGAAGGUAGACCAGAGCGGUGGUACUCUGUCCGAUAUAGUCCACGGUGCCAGAGAGCAAUUCUUGGGCCCGAAAAAGCCAGCAGCCAAGCCUGAGAAAUUGGGCGGCCGUUCGCCUAUCUCGGAGAAUGAGGAAAAGUUGAGAGCUGCCAUGGGCAGGAAGACCGAUGACUCUGAUUCAUAA